AUGGCUGGCAAGUGCCGUCAAUGGUAUCCCGGGCUAGCCCAAUGUCAACACGAGCGGGCAGCCCAAUGCGCCAAUACUCCCGAGGCAGCCCAAUGCCACGGCAUACGGGCACCUCAAUGGUGCGCCGCGCCGGCUUUUCUCCGCGCUCUCGCCGCUGACCUUACCAAAAGAUCCCCUCCGCAUUGUUUUUCCCAACCUACUACGCCACGCAAGAGGGUCGAUGAUUUGUGGAGCUCGCCCAAUCCCGCGGACACGGGCAGCUCGAUGAAAUCAUCAGCGUUCAGCCUCAAACCUCGAAAACGCCCCGAAACCACGCGAAGGCGUGAAUCUCUUGUGGAGUUUGCCCAAUGGAGCGAAGAUCGGGUAGCUCAAUCACUUCUCCGUUAUCGUCUCGUAGAGCUCUUCGAAUCCCAGCUGCCGAGUGGCAAUGAGAUCUCUGGAUCAAUACCACGCCAACUUCUUAUUCACCGGCUACCGCGUCGCCUUCAAGUCAAGCUGAAGACCAUGGGAAAGCCAGCUCGUCGCCACCGAAGACAGACAGGCCUCUGCAACGGUCGCCAUCGACUGUCAGAGCACGACGACGGAUACAGAGGCCAAGGACCGCUGCCGUCCGAUGGAACUUCUCCGCCCGGCGACGCAAGGAGGUCGGCAGGCCAAUGAGUCCCCAAAGUUCGUCGGCCUCUAUUUCGGUCAAGGAACCGUGCUCAGUUUGCGAAACAAAUGUGUUUCGCUUUCACCUCGAGUGUCC